AUGGCCAUGACCUCCUCUAAGGAACAGAAGACUAAGCCAACGCUGCCAGUCCGACAGCUAUGCAUUCUAGCCAUCGUCCGGAUCGCUGAGCCGCUGGCUCUCACAUCCGUCUUCCCCUACCUCCCCGAGAUGAUCAAGAGUUUCGGUGUGCCUCGAGAUGAGAUCGCAAAGUGGGCCGGCUUCACCAGUGCCAUCUUUUCCAUCUCCCAAAGUCUGACCGCCGUUCUCUGGGGCCGCACCUCUGACACCAUUGGCCGUAAGCCAACCCUCAUUCUGGGCAUGAUCUGCACCAUGUUCUGCUUCCUCUUCUGGGGCACCUCUACCAGCUUGGCCAUGGCCAUCACUGUCAGAGCCAUACAAGGCUGUGGAAAUGGAAAUGUCGGUAUCAUUCGCACCGUUGUUGCCGAGCUGGUCCCCGAAAAGUCCCUGCAGCCCGUCGCUUUCUCCAUCAUGCCCAUGGUCUGGAGCGUCGGCUCCGUCUUUGGCCCGGCCUUUGGAGGGUUUUUUGCUCGUCCUGCCCAGCAGUUUCCAAGCCUCUUUGGCAACAACAAGCUUUUUAUCAAGUUUCCCUUCCUGCUGCCGAACCUUAUAGCCGGUGUCUUCUUUCUAUGUUCUCUCGUGACGGCAGUUCUUUUCCUCAGAGAAACACUCGCCUCCAAGCAACAUCGACCGGACUGGGGUCUGCAGCUUGGUCAGAAGCUGGUGGGCUAUUUCAGCGGUGGGAAGAAGUCAAAGGGAAAUCUGCAUCGGGCCCGACGGGCAAUCCGGGACCGGACCUAUGCCGACGACGAAGCCAGCGCUCCGCUACUGUCAACCCCCAUAAUGGACCCUGAUGACACCGAAAUCUCCCCAGACGGCCUGACUCCGCCUACCCCUACGGCUCCAAGCAGUCGUCUGGCCAAAGGCGUCUCUACUCCCCCUGCCAACACUCGCAUAUUCAAUCACCAGACCAACAUGGCCUUGCUGAGUUACACGAUGCUGGCCAUGCAUUCCACUGCUUUUGACCAGGUCAUUCCCGUCUUCCUCAAUCAUCCGCGCCAAGUGCCGGAUGAGACCAACACCAAGCUUCCCUUUAAGUUUUCUGGCGGCUUUGAAAUGAGCUCUGGACAUAUUGGCACCAUGUUUACUAUCACCGCCCUCGUCUCGGCCUUGGCCCAGUUUAUCGUCUUCCCCCCAUUGUGCUCGCGCUUUGGUGAACUCAGGUGCUACCGCUUUGCAUGCAUCGUGCUGCCCGUUGUCUAUUUUCUCACGCCAUAUACCGUAUUAGUCCCCAAUGAACGGCUGCGCUUUCUUGCCUUCAUGUUGGUGUUUGUAGCGAAGGGCUCGCUCGGCAUAGUCACAUUUCCUUGCAUCACUAUCAUCUUGACCAACUCGGCUCCUUCGUUGGCAGUUCUCGGCACUCUGAACGGAAUUGCCACCACUGCCAGCGGCGUCGGCAGAGCUGUCGGGCCGGCCAUGGCAGGCGCCUCAUUUACAUGGGGCGUACGGCAUGGGUACAUUAUUACGGGCUGGUGGUUCUUAGCAUGCAUCGCCUCCAUCGGUGCUGUCACGCCUUUUUUCAUGACUCAAGGAGCAGGAUUUAAGCGAACUUCUGAAAAUGGAGACGAUGCAGAUAGGAGAAGUCCAGAGGAGCUUGAAGAAAAUAUCGAAGACGGCGAUGACAGCAACACCGAUGCGUACGACUAUAGCGAUGCCGAUUUUGAAGAGGAGCUGUUACCCGAAAUUGGUGAAGAUGAGGAGCAGACUGAUCUCAUCGUCGGCAACAAGAUGGCGAGGCCUGAAACGCCGACACCAUCAUUCCUACAGCGACCACAGCUUCCCCGACUACAGUCUUCUGCCGUUGCUCAGCAGGCACAGAUCCCUGAGCCUGACGAGCCGGAGAUAUACACUGCUGACGGCGCUUGUCUCGCGGACGUCGAUAUAUCUGCCCCGACCACACCGCGUACUGGCCGGUUCCGCAGCGUCAGCAACCUGUCUCGGAUAGCGGCGAAGGAUACGGCAAGAGACGAGGAUGUGCCGCUGUCGCCGGUGGUGGACCGUAAAUGA